AUGCAGCCUCGCGAUCCCCCCUGGGCUCGGCGACGGAGAGUUCGCCACUUUCAAAAUAAUUUUCUCGUCCCGGGCGAGUUCAUGACAGAAAUUGGGUUAAUCACAGAGACCCCGAAUUAUGACGUCGUCAGACUACCGGGGUGUCUCAUCAGCCCCAGGUUCCGAAACUCCUAUAUGCUGGACGACACCGCCCACAUUCUGGGCGGUCAGCCAGGCGAGUAUCCGUCGCGCGAGAUGACCGCGGACGAAACCCGCAUGACUACGUUUACAUCCCCGCUAGGGCCCAUGUCCAGCAGCCGGACUGUUGUCGCCGUGUUUGAGAUCCAGCAACUUUCGUUGAGGUUUGAGCUCAUGAGGUUCCUUGUCGUGAGUAGCAACCUGUGUCGAGAGCAGGGGAUCAGUGUGAUCCUGGGACUGCCGUUUAUCCAAUGGUACCAGGCUCGGAUGGCUAUGCUUCCCCAACCGCGGCUCGCGUUAGCUGCUGAUACUGAUGCACAGUAUGCUCAAGACCAGGGUGACCAGGGGCUGCCUAACAGCGGCGGUGGCGGUCAAGAGUGUGGCAAUCGCAGUAAUGUCGAUGAGUGGGUCCAGAGGCAGCAGAUCCAGCAGAUGCCCGUGGUCAUCGCCGCUGAUGAGAGCGUGGGUACCAUGGAAGGCGCCAUGAAUGACCCAGAACUGAACACAUGGGAUAUCCUUGUGGCCCCGGCAGAGAUGGGUGCCCACAUCAGCUGACCGCUGCUGUGGUUCAUAACUUCAUUUGUGGACGGCGACUCGGCGAGGACAGCCAGUGAGAGUGAAGCAGCCAGGGUAAUGGAGUGAAGACAUUGGCUACCAGGUCAGACUGAUGCAAGAACUGCACACGAGUAACCGGUGAGAUGUCGGUUGGUUGUCUGACACUUGGUUGGCCCAUCAUCGAACCCCGUUUUCAUUUGGAAAUAUUAUCUCAUGAUUCGUGUCUGACUGGCAGUUACCAGCUGGCUGGGUUCGUGUUUCAUCGUGUGUGUGGGCCCAGUCCCGGGAGAACUGCGGAUAGACGGAUGUCAGGGAUGGGCUAGUGUUUGCUUAUUUCGACGUCGCAGAUCCACAUCAUAUCGUGUUCGCAUUAGCUGGAGAUGGACACUCGGUGGCUGCUUGAAGAACGUCAGUUUCAGGGUUGGUCAUGAGGAGAAGGCUUUUUGAGUGGGUGGGGUGUGGAUUUGGCAUGUUCUGGAAGCUGUGGGAAGGGGCAGGAGGAUUGUGAUGAUUUUUAUGACCAAAUCUCCUUGCAGUUUUUGUGCUAAACUAGCACCCACCCAGGGUUCGCUUGGAAAGCUCUUUGGCUCUCCAAUAGGGCCGCUCUGGACAUACGUUACGUUGUUCGAUUUUAUUCAAGUAGCCUAGAUCCCAGACUGAUAGUCUAGACACUCAAUCAUACGCUUAUGAAGUAUCA